AUGGCACCCGGCGCAAUCCAGACUGAGGCGGAUCCCGCAAGCAAUGGCACUUCUCUGAAGCCUACUGCGCGCUCCUUCCACCCCACUGGCACUCCUGAUCCCUCCAAGUACCACGCAGCUUCGUCUUCAGAGGCGACAGCGGCAGAGGCCAAGUACGCCGCUCACAACUACCACCCUCUCCCAAUUGUCUUCUCGCGCGCAAGCGGUUGCAGCGUCUGGGACCCCGAGGAGAAGCACUACCUCGACUUCCUCUCUGCAUACAGCGCCGUCAAUCAAGGCCACUGCCACCCUGAACUUGUCAAGGCUUUGACUGAGCAGGCUUCGCGAUUGACCCUCAGCAGUCGCGCAUUUUACAACGAUGUGUUCCCACGCUUCGCCGAGUAUGCUACCAAACUGUUCGGAUUCGAUAUGAUCCUGCCCAUGAACACUGGUGCUGAGGCUGUUGAGACCGCGGUCAAGAUUGCGCGCAAGUGGGGGUACAAGGUCAAGGGAAUUCCACAGAACGAGGCAUUGAUCUUCUCCGUCGAGGAGAACUUCCACGGACGUACAUUUGCUGCGAUCACCAUGUCCACCGAUCCCGAGUCCCGCGAGAACUACGGCCCAUACCUGCCCAACAUCGGCAGUGUCUGCCCUGCUACCGGCAAGGCCAUCCGCUACAACAACGUCGAGGACGUCCGUGAGGUUCUUGAGAAGCACGGCAAGAACACAGCUGCUUUCCUUGUCGAGCCCAUUCAGGGCGAGGCCGGUAUCGUUGUUCCAGAUGACAGCUACCUGAGGGAAGUCCGCGCGCUCUGUGACAAGCACAAUGUCCUCCUCAUCUGUGACGAGAUCCAGACUGGCAUUGCAAGGACAGGUAAGAUGCUAUGCCAUGAGUGGAGCGGCAUCAAGCCAGACCUUGUCUUGCUCGGCAAGGCCAUUUCUGGUGGCAUGUACCCCGUGUCGGCAGUGCUGGGCUCGAGGGAGGUUAUGCUUACAAUUGAACCCGGUACACACGGCUCCACGUACGGUGGUAACCCCUUGGGUUCGGCAGUCGCCAUUCGCGCUCUUGAGCUUAUUCAGGAGGAGAACAUGGUUGAGCGCGCACAGACAAUGGGCGAGAAGUUUCGCCAGGGUUUGAAGGACAUCAACAACCCCAUGAUCACAACCGUCCGUGGUAAGGGUCUUUUGAACGCUAUUGUCAUCGAUGAGAGCAAGACAAACGGUCACAGCGCAUGGGACCUGUGCAUGCUCUUCAAGGCUAAGGGUCUUCUAGCCAAGCCCACCCACCAAAACAUCAUCCGUCUGGCACCUCCUCUGGUCAUCACCGAUGAGCAGCUUGAGAGUGCCCUCAAUAUCAUUAAGGAGGCUAUGGAGGAGCUGCCAAACCUCAAAGGUAAAAGGGAGGAGGAAGUCAUCCCCGACCCCAGCGAGAAGAACGUUCACAUUGGCGUGGACAACUGA